AUGCACGAACAAUAAGGAAAUUACGUUUUAAAAUUUUACUACUAUAUACUUUUAAAAAUCUUUUAAUUAAGACAAUAAAGAGAUACAUUCAAGAGAGGGGUUUAUAACAAUAUAUUCAACGAUUUAUAAUCACAGUUCAAAGCGACAAGUACUGUAGUUUAGAUUAAGGGGACUUAUGACUAUAUUCUGGACGUGAUAUUAACCUUAAUUUUGUGAUAUUUGCUCGAAAUUUCGAAACCGGGUAGCAUGGCAAAAAUAGUUGAGUCUUUAAAGAGGCUAAGUGUCGAACAUAACAAACGAAAAUACAAUGACAAUCGCACAACGAUGAAAAGAAGAGUAGAAUUAAUAUCGAAGAUAGAAGAAGCAGUGUCUCUAGAUCGUAAUUAUGUCCUUGGAGUCUGUGGAACACAAAGCGAUCCAGAAUUCAGGAUUGGUACUGCUUUGUCCAAUCGUACCUGUGUAAUAUAUUCUGUUGGUGAAAGUUUAAGUCGCAUCACAACAUUAACUCAUAAUCGAGCUCCGAUUGUUGGUAUAAGAUUUAGUCCUACUUCUAAAAACAUUUUAUAUACUGCGACAAGUGACGGACAAAUUACAGCAUGUGACUUGCGUGCCAAAGGAAAAGUUAUUGCAGAAUUUAAAGACAGUACAGAAGAUGGGAAAUUGAAACCUCUCUGUAGUUUUGAUAUAAGCAACGAUGAAAGACUUAUAGCAGGUGGAACUGAACAUAUCGGAGGAGAUGCAUUCAUUUUAUUUUGGGAUACACGACAUGCUAAUAAAAAUACUCUUCUCGGUGGGUACUGGGAAUCUCACAUGGAAGAUGUGACCUGUUUGGCAUUUCACUCUAAGAAGCAGGAUGUCUUAGCAACUGGUAGUACAGACGGUUUAAUUAAUAUAUUUGACCUCACACAACCGUCAGAAGAUUCUGCACUGACUUAUUCUUUGAACACAGAGUCUUCUGUAGAUAGGAUAGGCUGGCUGAAUGAUGAUAAUCUUUGGUGUACAACUCAUACUCAUUCAUUACAACUUUGGGAUUGUGAAGGUGCUACACCAUAUACAAAGUUCGAACGUAGUGAUUUGAUAGUUUCUCAAAAUGAUGAUGCGGACAACUGUUAUACAGUCAGAUUUCAUACUUCAAACGUACUCGAACAAGCAUUCCUUCUUGCAGGUUCCAGCAAUGUUAAAGGAGAAAAUUUAAGAUGUAUGAGUAUCGCAAAUGACCGGUUAGAAGUAUGUUACAACAUGGAGGGAAAUAAACAAUUAGUACGUGAUAGUUGGUUGCAUGAGAAGAGUGGUUCCUUAGUGACGGUGGGGGAAGGUGGAUAUAUAAACAUUUGGAGGAAAGGAGAAACAACACUAUUACAACAAAAUCCUAGCCAUAAAUUGGUGGCAAAAAUUGGCACUGGCAUAGGACGUGACCGUCAUCAUAGAACCAAGCCAUAUUGAAUGAAAGUGAUAGGAUAAGAAUUUAUAAAUGCAGAGAAUUUUUGUAAGUAAAUGUAAUAAACAGAAGAGAAAUAUCACGUAACAUUAACAUAAUCGUACAUUUCUCUCACGUUCUUCUUUAUUACAAUAACGGUUGUAUGUACAUUUAUAAUAAAUAGAUAUUAUUUCUUUA